GACUUUUGUAAAUCCGCUCAUGCAAGAUCCUUAGCACUUGGCAUGCAAUCGCGUUCAAAAUGGUUUACAAAAUUAAUUCGAGUUUAGUUGAUCGUGACAAACCGCUGCUGCUGCUGAGUAACACGCAAGUUGCUGAUGCAUUUUAAGAUACAUUUUUGUUUUGUUUGUUUAGUUUCGAAUAAUAAACAAUAAUAAAAUAAUAAAAACAAAAAAAGCUUUUCCGUUCCAUGAGAGCUUUAGCUUUUUAUACCUCAGAGAUUAAUUUGAAUCUUGUUUUUUAUUACUUCUCGUUAUUUUUUAACAACUUGUGUGAAAAAGUGGUUUCAUUUUUUUUGUUUUACUUCAUUCAGAAGGUAUUUGGAAUUCCCGAACGUAUCAGUGAAGAAAAAAGUUGAAAAUAUUUUCUAACCGGUACAAAAUAAAAACAAAGUUAUAGAAAAAUGUGUUAUCGAAAUACAUAAUGUAAUCUCUCCGGAGUUGUGAGUUUUUGUUUAUAAGUUUGUCCUUCAGUUGACGCGGGAUAUUUCUAAUUUUAAAACCUAUUACAGUUUAUCGUUAUUCGUAUUUAUUUUAAAAGUUGACGUACGAUAUGGUGUGACAUAAGUGUUGAAAUCAUAAAAUGACCAAUAAAAUCUAUGUCAAUGAGAUAAACAUCCCACAUCAAUCUGACAGCACAAGUAAUUCACCUAAAAAUCUACAUAAAAUGUCAAAAAAUGAAAAUCUCUGUGCAACGAUAAAUAUAGAAAAUAUAAUUCAGAUCAAUCCCAAUGGAACAAUACAAACAACAACAAAAUUAAAUGAAUCAAAGUCUCCGCCGCCGCCGCCUCCACCAACGCCCUCUCUUCCAGCCUCGCCAAACCCUUCCCUUCGCAGUACAAGUAUAUCGAUUUCAUCGAUUGAAUCUGAUGCAUUAUCGAGUAUAAUCGAUUCUGAUGUCGAUGAGUUUGAAGAUACCAAAACUGGGUGCAUGUUGAAAAAACUUGGCACCCAAACAACUCUACCACCUCCACCUCCACCACAGUCAUCAUCACCUGAUAAACAUUCAACAUUUCCAAAUGUUAACUCUGAAUUUGGAGUUUUGAUUAGUCAACAAAUCGAGAGGGAUAUUGGAAACUCACCAAAUGGACCACAAAUUGCCAGUUUAUCAAUUGAUAAUUCAACUGAUGUGACAUUUGGCAGCAAGCGAUAUCUUCGAGGUCCUGUCACAAUUCAACAGAUUUUGGUUGAAAAGCCGAAAACAGGACAGAAUCAAGGAAAGUCUAAUCCUGCUUUUGAAGGCUCUAAUGGAUGUUCGAUUAAAAACAACAACACACAAGAAAGUUCAUCAGAUGGGUGUGACACACUAAGAGGCAAUAAUAAUUCACCCUUAACAUUUCCUAAGAAAUUCCUUAAUAAAAAGGCUGUCAUAUUAACUGCACUAAUUGUUGUCUUAACAAUAAUAAUUGGAAUUAUUAUUUUAUCAGCAACUUUUAUUUUUCGUAGCAAAGUACUCGAAAGUGAUAUACAAGAAUAUUCAAAUAUGAUAUCAAGAGAUGAAUGGGUUGCUCAGCCCCCAAAUGUGCCAUUGGUUAAUUUAGAAACGCCCGUAUCUCGGGUUAUUAUCUCACAUACGUCAACUCAAAACUGCUCAACGAAGGCUAUGUGCAUUUUUCGAACGAGAUUCAUUCAAACUUUCAACAUGGAAUCAAGAUCUUUCGAUGACAUUCGAUAUAAUUUCCUUGUCGGAGGCGAUGGCAAUGUUUAUGUUGGACGAGGUUGGGAUAAAGUUGGUGCUCAUACGAAAGGAUAUAAUGACCAUAGUUUAGGUAUAGCUCUUAUUGGAACUUUUAAUAAAUGGACACCUCCAGUGGAACAACUAAAUGCCACAAAAUGGCUCCUCGACAAAGGUGUAAGACUGAAUAAACUUGAUCCAGAUUACAAAGUCUAUGGUAGUAGACAAUUGGACUUUUCGGAUAGUCCAGGAGAAGCGUUAUAUAAAUUAAUACAAAAAUGGCCACAUUGGUCAAAUGAUGUUUGAGAUGUGUCAAUGGUAACUUUAGGCUCCAUAAACAAAAAAUUAAAAGGAAUUUUGUGAAAAAAGAAUUAAGAUAAGGAAAAAAGUUCAAAAUUAAAAAGAAAAAAUGUUUUUAAGGAUUUAGAAUUUAUUAAUUUAAUUAAAAUUUGAAAUAGUAAUUCAUUGUAUUAAAAACAAUCCAUCUGAACACGUCUAAAAAUUGACAGAUCGUGAAAAAAGGAAACACACCCAGAUCUGGGAAACGGAGUAAUUGUGCCAGUUUAUAUUUCUGAGUCAACAAAAUUUCUAAUAAAAAUUUCUCACAUUUGCUGCGAAAAAUCUGAUAAUAGAAAUUUUAUGAAUCGAUAGCUCAAUAAUUCUCUAUCACACAAUCCAAGAGGGAAGAAAAGAAAUGCAAACCUAUUUUGAUUGCUAAGUUAAAAUAAAUAUUGAAUAUAUUUGUUUUUUCCUGCUCUAUGAAUUUGAAUGAGAAAAUUCUCAGAAAUGUAUAACUUAUAAUUUCUUAAUUUAAUUUUAAGCUUAGAAACUAAGUAAAAUAACUUUAAUAUUUUAAUAAAGGAAUCGUUUAAAAUUUUGAGCCAUUAGAUAUUUUGUUAAGACACAAUAAUUAUAAAUUUUUGUUUUUGUAUAUGAA